CUUCGUCAAAGACCACAGCGCAUGGCUUGCCAUGUUUGGGCUGUGGACCCGGCCGUUCCUUAUUGGGACCUUGUGCCGGUACCAACACCAACACCAACAUCAUAUCCUUUCCAUGAAACACAUUAAAAGACCCUCACAUAUUCCAUGCUCGGAGUCCUCCAAACUUCAACGCGAUACCUUUAUCCGGUGGAACACAUUUCUAAUUGACCUCAUUACCCGCUCCAUCACCUCGAUCAUCGAUGUACUAAAAGGUCCAUAUUCACAGGGCGAGAAAGUUCCCGGAGGUCCUUCCCAAAGCUGUACUAAAAUAUUCCAGACGAACGCCGACCUCCAAAAACGCGUCUUACAGCGCAAGACAAACUGCUGUUUGAUCCCCGGAACCAUAUCCCGAGAAUCGACAGAGGUAACGUGGAUGGUACCCCGUAUUUCGUGUACUUGUUCUCUUUGUGAAACCGCCGGCCUGGUUCAAAUGCAGUUCUCAUGUACAAGGACCUCUUUCCGUUCUUUAAUAACAACGCGUCCGGCGUCGAUAUCAAUGUGCAUCUCCUUCUCAUUCCUUCCUCUCAGCUCGGGUGUUCAUCUCAACUACCACAUCAUCAUUUCCCGCGAGGGAGGAUCAUGACUCCUUCCUACCUAUAUGCCGACACCGAUACCGAAUUUGAUAGCAAAUAUCUUCCAUGGUGAUAUCAGAGACGAAUAUCUACCGGGCUAGGAAAGGAGGAGGAGGAGGAUGACGACAAAAUGGUGUCGGUGGUUGACUAUGCUGAAGGAGGAGGUCGUGAGGCGGUCGUGGGUUGUGGAUAGGCAAGAUUCUUUUGUGCUUUCUCGAAUCAAUGCGG